AUGUCAUCUCCCGCAAAGGUUGAGAGGUUCGAUUUCGUCAUCUUGUGGAUCUUGUACCAUGAGAUUCGUGUAAGUGGUCUGAUUUUUGGGAAGUUUGAAAGGGUGGAUGAGAGGACGAGUCAGACAGAUUCUUGA